AAGAAAAACUAAUGCGAGGAGAUGUAUUUAAAGCACCGACAAAAUAUCGAAUUAUUGUCAUUAUUUUUUUUAACAAACGUCCAAUAAAAAGUUAAAGAAUUUGGCAAUUACAGGGGGCAUUAAACUUAGUCGAACCCAGCUGUAAAGCGGAACCCUGUUGCCUAGCGACCAGGGUAAAUGCAGCGUCUGCUAGCUAGCUUGGCGGUUUGCUACACAUGGAUAAUUCCUCAUAAUUCAGUGAAAACAUGCCAUUAAAGAGAAAAGGACCUCUGCAACUCGUCCAGAGAGAGGUGGACGAAAUAAAAAAUCAGGUUGACAGGCUGGUGAAAAAUGUGCAGAAUCAUGAGGGAUCCACUGAAGAGGCACUGAGGAGGUGUCAAGAAUUGCAGAUGUCAGCAGAGAAAACCCAAAGGACACUAAAGAAUCUGACCAAGGCUGAUGAGCUGGCACCAGUGGGGAACUAUGAUCAGAGGAAACAGGAAGAAGAGAGACGACUCCAGACCCUUGUGGAGCGUAUUAACAUGCUCUCUCUGGAGCUUUCACCACCUGGACCCAGUGCUGUUGCAGGGGAUGUUUCAAACGAGGAAAGCGAAUGUGAGGAGGAUGAUGAAAGUAGUGAUGAUGAGGGUGAUGUAGAGGAUGCAGAAGAUGAGAAGGAAGCUGGGAAACCACCUGCUCAGUCAGAACCUCGCCUCUACACUGUCCUCAGUGAUUUCAAAGGGGAGCAGGAAGGAGAUCUGUCUGUUCAGAGAGGGGAGGUGUUGAGGAUUAUCAGGAGGACAGCAGAUGGAUGGUGGCUUGCCCAGAACAAUAAAGGCAACAGAGGAGUGGUUCCCAGAACCUACCUGAAAAUUGGAAUGAGUGUUGAUGAUGAAGGUGAUGAUGAUGAUGAAGAAGAAGAGGACGAUGAGGAGGAGUCAGAGGAGGAUGAAGAUAGUGAAGAAUUAACUGACAGAGAGAAACAUAGUAGAAGCCUGUCACAUUCCAACUGGGGCCCUGUCAAAAAGGCUUUAACUGAGAUUGAUGCAACAGAUGUGCUCUCUGCCAUGGGUGCUAUACCUUCAGGAUUCAGGCCCUCAACUCUCAACAAGCUGCUGGUCGAAGAAGGUGAAACAUACAGAGGGAGUCACUACAUUCAACCUGAACUCAGUGAAUCUAAACUUUCUUUUAGUGACCUCUUCCUGGACCCUGACACUGGCAGGGUACGAGCUCGUCAGGUCAGGAUGUGUGUUUGUUUCUCUUUGUGGAGCUGCAGGAUGAUUCCUACUCCAGGGGUUGGCGUUCAGGUCCUUAGCAGACACAUCCGCGUCUGUGCAUUUGAUGGAACUCAGGUGUUAAGUAACAUCUAUACUGUGAGGGCGACAUACAACUCCAAAAGCCCCAAAACCUGGACUUUUUCUCCAAGGGUGACAGGUAUUCUACCCACCCUCUUGGAUGGCGAGUGUUUCCUGCGCUGCAACUCUGCAUCUCCUGACCUGGGUAUCCUCUUUGAACUAGGAGUGACCUUUAUAAGGAAUUCCACAGGUGAGAGAGGAGACCUGAGUUGCGGCUGGGCUUUUCUCAAACUGACUGAUGACUCUGGAAAUCCAAUCCCUUACAGGACCUACGAGCUGCCAGUGAACGGUGGCACUCCCUAUGAGAGGGAUGUAGCAGUGGAGGCAACGAUCAAUCAAGGAUCUCCAGCUGGUGUUUUCCAACAAAUGCUUCAAGCGAGGCGGCAGCCUAAACUUGUAGUGAAGUUGAAAUCAGUACACAACCGGACCAGAACACAGCUCAGUCUCCUUCCUGACACUCUGCUACACAGUCUCAGCUGCGUCCAUCUGCUGGCGCUGCACAGGCAGCUGCUGGCUGAUGCACUUCUGCUUGACAGACCAACCAUGCAGAAUGCAGAUCCGAUAUGCAGUCCUGUACUUACUACCUUUCCAAAGCUGUUAGACCAGCCAGACCUGCUGGAUACUCUCAGGACUGCCUGGCUGGGAGCAGAGACCGCAAUGAGCAGAGCACAGAAGAGAGACUUGUCCUAUCUAAAACAGGAGUUCAGUAAAGUUUACAUGUCUUCCACCUAUGUCCUCCUCCAUUCACCCUUGCUGCCCUGCUAUCACUGGGCUGACCUACCCUCAGAGGAGCAGCGGGCCAGAGUCAUCUUCUCCACCCUGGAAGCCCUCAAACACAGCCAGCAAUCCCCCAGCCAAUCAGGAAGCCCAGAACUGUUUAUUGACCCCACACAUCAACAUGUGGCUUUUGAUGUCACAGAGUUGACGUUUGACCUCCUCCAAGUGGUCCGGUGACGUUCAGCUCUAAUAGGGAAGGUACAGUUAGAACUUUAUAAUCUUUUCUGACUUUGAGAAGUAUAUUUAAAUACAUUUUAGAAAUAAUUGCCAUUUUCAAAAUGAAAAAAUCUUUGUGUCUUAACGCACUAUAGAUUUGUUGGAAUAAGGUUGAUGUAAACGUGAAAACACUGAGAUCUAUGUCUGACUGAAUUUUUGAUUUAGAAAGUUGUUUACCUUUUGCCUGGCUUGAUUUUUUUUUUUUUUGAACAGUGCAAAAGUCUGAGCCCAUGACAUCACAAGUCUUCAUGAAGAAUUACCCAGCCCCCCUUAUGCUACAAUGAUAUAAAAUCCCAGAGCAGUUCAUCUUUGUACAGUCUGUUUUCACUGCAUUCAUUCAAAGUUAACAGCCAGCUACAUGCUGUUAUUUUGUUCAUUAUGUAGUAAAUUUCCCAAAUCUAUCAGCUACGGUGGCUUAUGGGUCAUUAAAAGUACCAUAACAGAGGAAUUGUACCAGAAAACAGUAAAAUGAAUCCCCAAAUCUGUCUCUCUGCUGUGGCACAAAGCCAGGCAGCUGUGCUCUGAUCAGACGCAGUUUUUUUUAUUUGAGAGGAUCGUGUUUCUCCUGAGUGGGAGUGACUUCAGCUCAUUCAGCCAACAUGCCUACACCAUCCUAGAGCAGAUUUCGUUUUUCAUGAAUUUAAAGCUUAAUUUUAUAUGUAAACUUCGAGAUAUUUUUUAUGACUGAAAUUUAGCCUGGUGGUUCAUAACACAGUGGCCUGUCAUACAACAAUCCUAAAAUUAUUUUUUUUAUCACUUUACAGGGACUUUUAAAAACAAUAACUGUAAAAAUGCACAUGUAUUCUUCUCAAACUAUAGCAGUAGACUAAAUUUGUAUCUUUUGUUUAUUAAACUACCAAAACUUAAAGACUCAUAUGUAAGCAUUGGCCAGCAUGCAUGUGUACAUUUUAUUUACUUCAUUUUCCCAUUGUUAAAAAUAAUUUAAAUGUAAUUUCUUGAGAUCAUGUCAUUUAUGUAAUUUACACAAGAUAAUAACAAUGAUUUUUCUCAUGAUCACAGGUAAACUUGGGAUGUUUUUUUCAAAUCUUUUACUUAAUUUUUGAAAUGCACUGAUUGCAAGAAUCAGAGCCAAUUUCAAUACCAGUGCCAAUAUAUUAUUUUUAUUUGUUGUGGCAGAAGUUUGUCAAAUUGGCCAAGACUGAUGUUAAUGUUAAACUGAUGUGUCUGUUCCCUUUUCCUUAUUUUACCCAUCUCUGUAAAACAAAGUAGCUUUUCCCCAGUAUAACCAACUAUCUGAAUUUUUUUAUCUCAAGAUAAUUAAGCUUGUUUCCUCUUUAUAGCUAAAUAAUUUUCUGGUGAUCUAGAGGAACAAAAUAAAAGGUGAUAUGCCAGGCAAUAUUAUGCCAUUUUGAUCACAGUGACAAAGGUUAAGGUGAUUUCUCUUUGUUCCUAUUGAUGCAUGUUUGCUUAGGGCUUCCACAUUUUUGUUAUUAGCAUUAAUUCAUUCAAAGUAAGCAAUCAGUCCACAUUUUUAUCUUUUUCAAAUUGACACACUUUCUUUCAAUAAAUAUAUCCAUCAACCAAAUAACUGAUCCAUCUGAUUUGUUUAUAAAUGCCCACUCCAAGAGUCAACCUUAGUCUGCCCAUCUAUCCAAAAGAACAGUGUUACCCUGGUUUGUUGACAUUUUAAUCAUUUUUUACCCUCGUGGAGCACCACUGGAUGAAAAGGAGAUGCACAUUAGCUACUUCAUUAAUCUAUAAUAGUGGACAAUCACAGAAAUGUUGCCUUAUUCUUUAAGUACUAAAUGUGGCUGACCACACUAGAUUUCUCCCUAACAGAACAAGCAGUAUUUUGCAUCACUAAAUACUGAUUAUUGCACAUGACCCAACUGUUAUUCCCUGAUUAGUUGUGAAAUAAAAUGCUGAGAAUAUGAUGACAAUGCAAACAUUAUCAUUGCAGCUCCCUCUAAAUUAAACAAAAGUUUGAGUUUACUUGGCUGCUCUUAAACUAAAUACUAAACCAGGUAACAAUAAUGAGGGUGUAACACUUUGUACUGAGACUAAUGUCUGUAAAUAAAGAAACUACUAUUUAGUAUCCAUCAAAAUAUGACAGUGCUUUCU